ACGCGUUAAAAAAAAAUUUUUUUUUUGAAGAAAAAGCAAGUUUGUAAAUAUUAAGGUUAUGAAAUUCAUUUUUAAUAAGAAAAAAUAUUUUUUUUAACGCGUAAAAAUGUGCGCUUUUUACACGUAAAAACGUCGUUUUUUCAACGCUUGUCUGACUGGGUAGUGAUCAUUUACAUAAUGUUAAAUUGACUUAUAAUGGUUAUAAGGAUAUUAUUUCAAUAGUUAUUAUUAAAACAACCUCGUCAUAUUGGAUUAAUUUAUGUUGAUAAAAGUGUUGUUAUCAAUAUUUAACAUGAAAAUAUAUUUGUAUAUUUUUGACUCAAGAAUAAUCAUUUUAUUUAUCAUAGGUUUAUUUAACAUUACCAAAAUGGAAUGGACAAAUAUCAUUUGAUGAUAAACGAAUAAUAAUACAUGUUUUUCGUACAGCUGAUGGUCAACAAAUAGCAGAUACGAGAUGUCCAGCAAAAGUUCAACAAACAAUCACAACACAAGAUGGACAAAUAUUAGUUGUUGGAUAUGAAGAUGAAGUUAUUCAAAUGUUUUUUAUAAUUGAUUGA